AAAAUGUUUUAGUGAUGAUAAUAAAUUGCAACAAAAUGUUUCUUUUGGAUUGUAGCAUAUAUUAUGCAUGCACAAAAGAAUAUUUUUGGUCAACAAAGCCGCCACAAUAUUUUAUAUCAUCAAAACCAUUCAUAAUUAAUUAAUUAAUUAAUUAACUAACUACUUUUUUUUCUCAUAUUAAUUUCUCCAUUUUUCAUUUUCCAUUGCUGCAAUUUUCAUGGAAGAAAAAGAAAAGGUUAAAGAAAAUCUUCAGGUGGUUGUAUUCCCAUGGUUAGCCAUGGGCCACCUAAUCCCCUUCUUCCACCUCUCCAAGUCUUUAGCCCAAAAGGGUCACAAAGUUUGGUUCGUCUCCACACCAAGAAACCUAACCAAAAUUCCCAAAAUACCCCCACACCUUUCCUCACACCUCAACCUCGUUACCCUCACUUUCCCACGUAAAAUACCAAAUCUACCCCUCAACGCCGAGUCAGCCGCCGAAGUACCCUUCGCCGCCCAAUCUCUCCUCAAACAAGCCUUCGACUCGCUCGAGCCGGCUCUAGCCGACUUCCUACAAUCCUCCAAACCAGAUUGGAUCAUCUACGACUACGCUUCGCACUGGAUUCAUUCACGCGCCGCCGAGCUCGGUAUCUCACGCGCUUACUUCGCGCUCUUUAACGCCGCGUGGCUUUCCUUCCUCGGUCCGCCGUUGGAUCUGAUCAACGGUCUGGAUGGAAGAUCGAGUGCGGAGGAUUACACGGUGGUUCCGAAGUGGAUUCCGUUUGAAUCUCGAUUGGCUUAUCGGUACCACGAGAUCGCUACGAACAUAGAUAGAGAGAUUGAUAUGAGUAUUACGAACGAUUCGGUGCGAUUUGGUAUCGCACUCGAUGAGAGCGAAGUAAUCGCCGUUAAAAGCCGACCGGAAUUCGAACCGGAAUGGUUUGAUUUGCUGGGAAAACUUUACCGGAGACCUGUAAUUCCGGUCGGGUUUUUACCGCCGGUGGUUGAAGAAGAUGAUGAUGACGUGGACUGGUUAGGGAUCAAGGAUUUUUUAGAUGAACAGAAAGAGAAGUCAGUUGCUUACGUGGCACUUGGGACUGAAGCAACUCUAACUCGGGAGCAACUCACUGAGUUGGCUUUCGGUCUUGAACUAUCCGAGUUACCUUUUUUGUGGGUGAUCAGAAACUCGCUGGAUAUGUUACCGGGUGGGUUUUUGGAUCGGGUUAAGGGUCGGGGAAGGGUUUAUGUUGGGUGGGCUCCGCAAGUGAGGAUACUGAGUCAUGACUCGGUAGGUGGGUUCUUGACUCACUGUGGUUGGAACUCGGUUGUGGAGGGACUCGGACAUGGGCGAGUUUUGGUGCUUUUCCCUAUGGUGAAUGAUCAAGGGAUUAAUGCUAGGGUUUUGAGUGAGAAGGGAGUUGGGGUUGAGAUUCCUAGGGAUGAGUUUGAUGGGUCGUUUUCGAGAGACUCGGUUGCUGAGUCGGUGAGAUUGGCUAUGGUGGAUGACUCGGGCGAGUUGAUGAGAAUUAAGGCUAAUGAAAUGAAAGGACUUUUUGGUGUUGGUGAUGGGAAUGAAUUUCACUUGAACCAGUUUAUCGAUUUUCUUAAAUAGAAUAAGUUAAGGGGUUAAAAUCAAAAUCAAAACUUGAUUGGGUAAGUUUGUUAAACUUGUAAUUAAAGUGGUCAAAAUAUGUACUUGGCCAUACUUGGUCAAAUUAGUAAAGUCUUCUAUUUAGUGUUGCUCCUUAAAAAAAUUAUUAAUAUUUAAGUUCCUCAAAUUAGUUUUGAGUGAUGCUUUUUAGCACUAGGAGAAGAUAAUAAAUAACAUUCAUAUUUGAACAUUUUCAUUUGAACAUUCUUUGCACA